AUGCAACACCCAGAAGAGUCCGCCUCCGCGCCUCAGACAGCUCCCUCUCCUAAUCUCCGUAAACGGCAGCGCACAGAUGCCUCCAACGACGGGGCCCACCACAACCCCGGCGCGCCCCAGGCCCCCGUCGCCGGCGACGCGUUCAUCCAGGAUAACGACGCCGCUGCUAGUGGAGGUGACGACGACGACGAAGAUGAUGACAAGCCCAAGUCAGACAAGAAGGCGGGGAGGAGGAAGAUCAAGAUCGAAUUCAUCCAAGACAAGUCAAGACGACACAUCACGUUUUCAAAGAGGAAGGCUGGUAUGUAUCCGCGUUGUGCCUACGAGCUGUCCACUCUCACGGGCACCCAGGUUCUGUUGUUGGUUGUUUCGGAGACUGGCCUCGUCUAUACCUUUACCACUGCAAAGCUUCAGCCCCUUGUUACCCAACCGGAAGGCAAAAACCUCAUUCAAGCCUGCCUGAAUGCACCG